CGUGGCCCCUUGAGCGCUCCGUUCCUAAUGACCAGCACAGACGCAGCUGCUGCCACACAUCGUGAAGGCCCGCAGAAACCGUACACGAAAAGAGGAAACUUCUCAACAACCUCGGCGUCUCGCCGGCGGCCGCCACCACGAUGAUCAGCAUCCUCGCGCAGGAGCGCCUCCUCGGGUUCGCCCUGGGCUCCGUCUCCAUGGGGGGUUUCGUCCUCCACCAGCGCCGCUCCAUCUACCGCUCCCUUGCCGACGCCGACGCGGCCUCUGGGGGAGCAUCCUUCUCCUAUCAGACAAGUGCAACCACCGGUAGAGGAGUUUCAGCUGAGAUGGCUCACGUAUGGAACAAGGCAGUGGACGAGACACUUGGCCGGCUUGUUGUGUAUCUUAGCUCGCGUGGAUGGUAAUUCAAGCAUUGAGAGUGAAGCACUACUCCCUGAUCACGGCGUUGUUGUGCUAAAUUAAGACACAUGUGCUCUGCCAUUUCUCAGUACCAAUGGUUGAUCAUAAUGCUUUCUUUUGCUUAAAAAAUGCGUGUGGAGGACCAAUGGCGCCCUCUUAUCUUUUGAAAUAAAACGAAACUUUAUUCAUUAGAAAUAACCAAUACAUCGUUUGUGA